AACACAAAAGCCUUGUGUUUCAUUCCAUUGAGAAGGUAGACGAGACAUAGUACACACCCCAAACGGGCAGAAAAGAAAACGAUUACAGAGCGCCCCGUCGGCUUUGAUGUAAUUACGUUUGUGUCAACAUUAUAAAUUAUUAUCAGACGUGGUAUACUGGCCGAAAGCCUCAAACUUACCAGCAAACAUGGUUUGUUUGCAUCCAUACUUCGUGAUGUGGCAAGUGCAAAAUCUUUCGGUCACUGAACCGAGCCAUUUGGCUGGCAACAGAAGCAAUGGCCUGAGAAAAAGAGAGAAUAUUGAAAAAAUAAAGAGCUCCGUGUUUCCCCAGCACAUAAAAAUGCCUGCUCCAAAUCAUCAGGUUAUCAUGAAUGUAUCCAACAAAAGAAAGAAACAUACCUGGUUAAAUGUAGAACAUGCUGGUAGCCAGCAGCAUCCCUCUAAAUAAUAGCUUGAUCGUGCAAUUAUGUCAAGAUCCACCACCAAACUAUACCAUUCUUAAUUAGCCCUUGCUCCUAAUAAGUGAAACACGGCAAUGCGAUGGUUCAUCUCGAGGGUAGCGAACCACAAUAGAAAAUGUAGUGAACAUGAGACGACUUUGGCGCUGUAAUCGAUACGCUGCUGGCAGAUCUCAAGGCAUAGCAGACAACAUUAGGGAGUUUUAAUGGCAUGAUUCUUCAUGUCUACUAAUCAGAUGCUAUAGUACAUCUGUGCACUUCUCUGUAUAAAUAGGCGUCAGCGGAAGGGUAGAUACAUCAAACUGGAAGUUCUUCCUUUUCUGCUCCUCCUCUCUUCAACCACAAUACAGAAAAAAACUUUCAAAUUCGAUCAUGGCUUUCCACCUAAGAUCGAUAAGUUUGCCUUCUAGGUCUCACGUUAGUGAGACCGAAGUCGAGCAAGAACUCCACACCCUAGAAGCAAGCAUCUCUUCCUCUAAUUCCAUCAGCACGAUGUGCGAUGGUCUCAGGAGUCUUGCAAAUAUCUAUGAUGGUCUUGAAGAGAUCAUUUGCCUACCAAGCCACCAAGCUUGCUCCUCCCAGCAGAGGGUGAUGUUGGAUGGAGAACUGGAAGCUUCUCUCGAGCUCCUAGAUCUCUGCGGCGCCAUGCAAGAGAUCUUCGUCGAGAUGAAGGCCAUCAUCCAAGAGCUGCAAGUAGCUCUAAGGAAAGGGGAUGGUGCAUCUGCUCAAGCCAAGAUCCAGUCUUACACCCGUUUGGCGAAGAAGGCCAGGAACCAUUUCAAGAAGGCCACGAAGAAGGCUCCUGCAGAUUGCAGGAUGGCCAUGCUAUUGGCCAAGGCCAGGGAGGUCUCUGCCUCUCUCCUGGAGUCCACACUCCAUCUGGUGUCGAAGCAAAUCGAAAUGCCUAAACAGUCUCUUGUUUCCAAGGCAUUUCACAAGAAGAAGGCGGUUGUUUGUAAGGAGGAACAACUGUCGGAGUUAGAGUGCAAUAUCGGAGAUCUUGAGAGUGAAGCAGGACAUCUGUUCAGGAAAUUAGUCCAGAGCAGAGUUUCUCUACUCAACAUCCUUAGCUCAUAGAUACUCCGAAGUCAUUCUUGACGCCGUCUGAUCGGCAUCCGCCUUUUAAGGAAUAGCCGAUCUCCAUACAACUAUACUGUAUAAAUAUACAUGAUACUAUAGAAAUAGAAAGUGAAACCAAAGUUUUGAUCCA